AUGUACGGAGGAGGCUAUGGAGGUUAUGGAGGCUAUCCCCCUGCGGGUGCGAUGAGCGUGGCCCCGCCCUCGGUGUCGGGCGGCCCCUACGGUGGCGGCGGACCUGGUCUGGGCAUGCCGCCUGGUGGCUACGGCGGGUAUGGUGCGCCCCCGCCCUCGCUGGGCAUGCCGUCACCCUACGGCGCGCCACCGAUGAUGGGCUACCCAAGCGCACCUGCCUACGGAGCGCCGCCACCGAUGGGGAGCUACAUGGGCGGUGGCGGUCCGCCUCUGUCCAUGUCGGCCCCGCCGCCUGGUACGGCCGGCAGCGUGCAGGUGGCGCCGCCCAAGACGUCCUACCCCGCUCCGCCCUACAUGAUGUGA